CACACACACACUCACCCGCCGGCCUCCACUCCAAACCACACCAUCUCACCAUCAUUUUUCCGGCAAGAUCACCGGAAAAAUACUUAAGAACUCCAAAGCAUCUUCAUCAUUUUAUUUGAGGUUCUAGCUAAUCUCCCUUUGGAGCUUGGAGAAUUAGGAUUUUGCGGUUGCGAGAUGGCACCUUCUCCUACAAAGUAGAAGACUCCUGCUAAGAAAGCUGACAAAAGGUUGAAAAUGAACCAUAACCUAUUUAGGUCAAUUCAAAACUUUGGUAGAUAUAGGGAUUCUUUCUUGAGGGGUACCAUCAUUCAAGAAAGAUUUGUUAACUUAGGAGAUUUGAAGGACACCUUCAUUCCAAGUUGCUUUGAGGGCAGAGGAUGGGAUAAAUUAUUGAGUGACCUACCUGUUGUUUGUGAGCCUUUAAUUAGAGAAUUCUAUGCAAAUGCUGUGAUAAGGGAGGAUGAAUUGAGUCGUUGGGUUAGAAGAAAGGAAUUCACCAUAGAUGCCCAUGAUAUUGAUGAGGUGCUAGGGCUUGAAGGACUAAAGGACUCUGACUUCACCAACUACAAGGACAGGAUGCUCUCUAUAGAAACUGUCCAAACUCGUAUUGGUGGACAAAGAGAAGGGAGAUGCCUCAACACUACCGCAUUUCCAACUGACAUGAGGUGUCUAACCACCAUUAUGAUAUUCAAUCUGCAUCCUGUGAGGAAGCUGACUACAAUCAACAAUGCCAGAGCUAUCUUCCUCAUGGAACUUAAGGAGAAAACCUUCAUUGACAUCAGCUCUCACAUCUUUGACACUAUUGUGGAUGAGACUAAAACCACCUCUAGGCCCAAGCUGAUCUUUCCUAGCCUUCUUAUGAGGCUUUUCAGAGAAAAAGGUGUUGAAAUUCCUCAAGAUAUCAGCCCCAUGCCUACACCUUCAGCCAUCAACAAGCUAACCAUCAUCAGGAUUCAAGUUCAUCUUCCAAGUGAUGAAGAGGUAGGUGAUCAAGAUGAAGGUGGCCAAAUGGAGACUGAGACAAUGACUGUAGGACAAGCUUCAACACCCAGAAGCCAUGGCAAGAGGAGCAGAGCUUCAACCUCAUUAGAGGUACCUCCUGAUGCAUUCCAGAUCAUUCUGGAGAGGAUUGAUGGGCGCAGAGAGGUCCAAAAUGACCAUACUGAUAGGAUGACAGCACUUCAGGAUCAGCUCAACAUACUUUCCGCCAAGUUUGAUAGCUUCAGCACCUAGCAGUGACCCUUUGGCCAUUCCGGUCAAAAAGAGGGAGAACUUUUAAGGGACAGCUCUUGAGGGGGAGUGUCAUUUUAAGGGGGAGCUGUUUAUGCUUUGGUUUUACUUUAUGUUUAUUAUAGUUUAUGGGUUUGAUAUGCCAAAACACUUAGGUUAAUGUUUUGGUUUAAAAACUCACGGAUCUGUUUGAAAGCACUUAUGUUACACUCAUGGAUCUGUUUGAA